UAUUCUGACAAAAUUCUUUAAGAUCAGUUGUUAGAAAAUAAUUCUUUUCAAAAUCAUCAUCAUUGUUUAAUAUGAAUAUUCAGGAUAUAAUCGAACCAAAAGAAGUGGAAGAAGUAUUUGUAUCUCAUUUGAAGGAAAAUAAAAUCUUUCAAGAACAACAACUAUGGACUGUUGGUUAUUCAUCGCUGGGCGGUCGUGGUAUGUUCGCCACUCGAGACAUCAAACAAAACGAAUUGAUCUUCAUCGAUGCACCUUUGAUAGUCGGGCCAAAGUGUUCAAAUAAACAUACAAAAAUGUGCGUAUGUUGUUAUAAAAACGAAUGCCCGUUAUUUCCAUGCGAUAAAGGUUGCGGUUUGCCGGUUUGUUCCACUCAAUGUGAGAAUUCGCCGAACCAUGUGAACGAAUGUGAAUAUUUGAGAUCAUUGGUACCGAUUUGUGGUACCGAUUGGUGCUUGAAUUUAUUGUUAGCUACGAUACCAAUACGUGGUCUUUUUAUGACAAAAAUGCAGCGUAAAUGUUUGGCCACUCUUCAAUACAAUAAAAAUCUAUUUUCAAAAUAUGAGAUUGAAUUGCUCAAGAAAAAUGUAAUGAAUUCUCCAAGCGACGAAGACAUAGAGAUGAUGGAACGCGUAUGCAGAGCUUUUAACACAAAUUCGUUUGAAACGAUUCGUGUUCAUGACAAAGACCAUUCUACAAAUUUACGAGGACUUUAUCCCCUGGGUUCAUUGCAAAAUCAUUGUUGUAUACCAAAUACAAGACAUUAUUUUGAUGAAGAAUUUCAAUUAUAUGUUAGGGCUGCUCUUCCAAUUUCUACUGGAGAAGAGAUCACUAUGUCCUACACAAGCUUAUUUUGGGAUACAACAUUGCGGCGGCAAUUUCUGAAUGUGACUAAAAAUUUUUCUUGCAUGUGUAAAAGAUGUAGUGAUCCUACGGAAUUUAAUUCCAAAUUAGGUGCACUUUUGUGUGCAUCUGAUAAAUGUUGUGGAGAAUUAUUACCAAAAAAUCCUCUUAAUAUGAGAACAUCUUGGAUUUGUAAUAAAUGUACCAUAUCGGUAAAUCAUAGACAGAUAUGUUCGAUUCGAUCAGGUUUAGCUGCUAUCAUAGAGGAAGUUAUAUAUAAAACACCACGCGAGAUCUUUAAGUUUCUACAAAAAGAUCUUUCAAUUAUAGUUCCUCAGAGUAAUUAUCUUAUUAUGGAUGUGAAAUUUCGAAUUAUUUCAUAUUAUGGCAGAAGUGACGAUCUUCAAUGGAAAGAUUUAACUGAUACUGAAUUGGAUAUCAAGGCAAAUUACUGCAAUGAUUUACUUUCCGUAUUAGAUACUUUAAACAGUGGUGAUUCUACAAAAAAGGGUCUCAUUUUAUAUGAAUUAUAUUGCACAAAUCUUGAAAAAAUGAAACGAUUCGAACAAUCAGAUAUUCAGAAGAUUGAUGAAAAUCAAUGUUUAUUAAAAGAAGUAAUUAAUAUAUUGCAAAAUGAUACUAUUUCAGCUGUUAGAUUCGAAUACGAUCAAAAAUAUUUUAAAAAAUAAUUAUUAUAUGCAAAAAUAUAAAGAAAAUAUUGUCGAUAAUAUAAAAUUUAGUUAUAAUUGUGUAAUCAAAAAAUUUAAAAGAAUAAAAAUAAUGUAUAAUUUUUAAAAUCAAAAAAUUGUAUAUAAUAUUUAAAAAUAUAAUAUAAAAAAAUAUAAUAUUUAAAAAAUUAUAUAUUUUUCAAAUAUAUCAUUAUUUGUAAUAUUCAAUUGAAGUUGUUAUAAUUUUGAUAGAGAGAAUAUAAAAAUUGAAUAAUAAAAGACAUUUAAUUAUGGAAAAUUAAAGAACUAGAUAUUAAGAAAAAAGUAUCAAUUUAAUCUCUUUUUACAUUGCACCAUAGAUGGCUAAGUUUGCAGCAGAAAAUAUCUAAAUAGCUGAACUAGACUAGCAAGUAACAAAAUGAUGCACUUAUGCUCUAUACUAUUUUAUAAUAUAAUGUAGUAGCAAAGUGCAAUUCU